UUUAUUCCCAUCUCUGCAUUUGUCACUGUCACUGUCAUUCAGUUUUCACCUUGUUUCUUGUGUCUUGUGUUUUAUUUGUUGUGUUCUCACAGUUAUACCAGUUAAAGUUAAACGUUUCUUAAAAAGAUGGAAUUUGUAAGAAAGUAAACAAAGCACCAAUUAGAAAACAAUUUAUUUUAGACACAUGGAAGGAUUUGAUGCAAUAUAUUAUGAGGAAGAAUUAGAGAACAAUGAUGAAAAUGCCCCAUCAUUGGUUCCUGAUCCUGUUGUUAUACGAGGUGCAGGCAAUAUGACUGUUUUUGGCUUAAGCAAUAGGUUUAGUACUGAGUUUCCUAGUGGCUUAGUGUCAAGAGUAGCACCUGAAGAAUACAAGGAAACAGUUAUGAGAAUUAACGGUAUUCUUAAAAAGACACUUCCUGUAAAUGUAAAAUGGUUAUUCUGUGGCUGUCUUUGCUGUUGUUGCACACUCGGUUGUUCCCUGUGGCCUGUUAUUUGUUUGAGUAAAAGGACUCAGCAUUCUCUGAACAAAUUAUUAGAAUGGGAAAAUAGCUACUUGUACAAUAAGCUAGGACUGCAUUGGAGAUUAAGUAAACAACAUUGUGAUUCAUCGUCGAUGAUGGAAUAUGUAAUACUUAUAGAGUUUUUACCGAAAAUACCUAUUUAUAGACCAGACUAACACUGAUUUCAUUAUUAUAUCUGAUCUAUCAAGGGCUCAAAUCGCUAGGACUCUUCUUUCAUAACUAAUGUUUUGUGCCUUUACGGCAUCGGCCGUAUUGAAGCAUCGAUCCAUUGUAAAGUAGCACUUGCCAUAUAACAGAAUCUCAAAUGGAUCAAUAGUUUAUUAGUUACAUUUGUUAGAAAAAUUGUUUUGAGAAUUUGUAAGAUGUUGAUUAUUCUUCAUUUGUUGUAUAUUAUGGUUCGAUCAAUUUUUUUAAAGUAUUGUUAUAUGAUACUUUUAAUUUUUUUUAAACGAUACACAAGUUUAUUUGUAUGGCAUUCUGCGAGAACUAAUACACAAUACAGAGCAAACAAA